AUGGAUCCUAGACAACUUAAACUGGAUAUUUCAAAGGCAGUUCAAGAAAGAGAAAAAAGACUUAGUAGAAAACUAGAAGAAAAUGAAGGAAAAGCACUAAAAUAUUUAGAUAAUACCCUUGGUAUAGAAGGAUCUACAGAUAUUAAAGAUAAAAAUACUCAAAAUAUCUUAUCUGUAGAAGAACAAAAUGAACUUUCUUUAACCAGGUCUUGCAAAUCUGACUCAGAGUCAUUGGAAGUGAACCCAAAACCAAACCUAAAAAAGUCAUACAAAGCAGAGAAUCUAGCAAGUACCUCACAAGAUGACAGUAACCCGUAUAUAGAAAUGGGAGACCGUCUGUCUAAAAAUACCAUCGAUAAUAUUCCCACUAGAAGUCAUUCCAUCCAUAGGCUUAGUGAUAAAAAAGUAUCAGAAAAUCCAUCUGUAUCUGGUGUAAUAAAGACAAAAUCAGCACAAAAUACACUAAGUACUAGUGCAUAUAAGAAGAAUAUUCAAAGAUCACGUGAAAGCAUGAGUGAUAUAUACGAGAUUACAACAGACUCAAAAAUAAGUGAUAAAAUUAAGGUAGUAGAUAAAUCCUUAACAUGUGAUUGCUCAUCAAUGAAAAGGCUACUAUCUUUAAUUGUACUAUUUUUCUGUUAUUUAGCAAUAGCCAUUGGACUAAUUUUCUUCAUUUUAUUCCUAGGUGGAUUAUUUCUAUAUAUAUACAACAAAAAGUAUUUCAUGGAAUAUAUUGGUAUAAAGAAUCCAGAGUCAGAGGAUUCUGCAUGA